AUGCCAGCACGCAGUUGCCUGGACCUACUCAGAAAAGGCGUCAAAACAAGCGGACAUUACAAAAUCUACGAUUGUACCAAUGAUUGUUUAACCAACGUUUACUGUGACAUGGAAUCCGAACCGGGAGCUGCCUGGACCCUAAUUGAAUCAUUUUCCCUGAAGAACAAAGGAACAACUGCGUUGCGAAAUCAUCAAUUAUCGGCAAACUCACCAAUUAAUGAAAAAACACCCAACUGGAACAUCUACAGAAUGUCGUUAUCACAGAUGAACGCUCUCAAACCACAUUCCACUCACUGGAGAGUAACGUGCAGUCUCCCUACCCAUGGUGUUGACUAUAGAGAUUACGCAAGAGCCAACUUUGUAGAUUUUGAUAUCAUGGCGUUCACUGGAUCUGGGGUGUGUAAAAAGAUGGAACUCGUCAAUAUUCGUGGUCAUCAAUGUGCUCAAUGUACAGCUAUGUGGUGGCACAUAAAUGCACAUCCUGCCAUGGAUAGUUCAAUUUCCAGUUGUGAGUUCGUACCAACCGCAGGGUCCGUGCCUAGUGAAGAUAACUUUGGAUAUUAUGAUUUCUUCAACACCAACUUCCGCUGUACUGCAACUCCAGAUUCAACCACUAACUGGUGGUUUGGAGGAUAUUUGUGA